UGAGAAAUUUGAAUCCAUAUAUCUAUCCAUGGGGAAUUGCUCUCUCAAAGCAAUCGACGAUGCAACCAAAGACCUCGGCUUCGCGAGGAUCAUCACUGAUUCCGGCCAACUCUUACACCUCAGAGCCCCCAAAUCAGUCCGACAACUCCUCUCCGAAUUCCCCGGCUACAACGUUUACGGCCAGGGCCACAUGUCGGCGCCGAUGAGCGAGCAAGACCACCUCCUGGACGGCCAAUUCUACUAUCUCCUCCCCGUCGCCGGAGAAACGGAGGAGGCGGCGCCGGAAAAUGAAGUGAGGAGGGUGUCGGGACUGGAGGUUCUGCCGCCGCCGCGGAAGGGGGUGUGGAAGGUGAAGUUUGUGAUUGAUUCUCAGCAACUGGGAGAGAUUUUAGCGGAGGAUGAGAAUACAGAAGCCAUGAUUGAGCAAAUGAGGUCUGCUGCCAUAUCUUCACAAUCACCCAAGGGAAGAAGAAGGAGUUUGAAGGUUAUCUUUACAAAUGCUUUUAAGCUGCCUCUUGAGAAUCAGAGUAAAGUUCAGGCAAUGGAUUCUUGCAGUAGCAGCCCAAGAUAGGGUUUUGAUUUGAUUUAGCUUAAAAUGGGAAGCUUUUUUUCCAAUUAAUGACUGAUUAAUGUAUAAUUAGUGAGUGAUUAAGGUAUGUUUAAAUGGUUCAAUGUGGCAUAUUUUCAUGCCCAGAUGUUGUUAAUCAUAACUACAAUUUACAUGUUUUGUAACCUAAUGGUCUUGAUUAUCCAUAUAUAAAUGGCCAAAUUGGCAAGCUGUUAGUAACA